GUAAUUCGCUGCGUUCUUUCACCAGGUAGAGGAGGGGAUAGAUAAGCUAACUGGAAGCAGCCCUCAAUUCCCAAACCAUUUGUUAGGUAAUGAGAACAACUACAACCACUUUUUCUUCUUCUUUUUCCCUCCCCAGUCUUCCCUUUUCUAUUUUCCAACCAACCACACAGAUUCCAAUUAUAACAAAGAAUCUUUGAAUAUUCCAUCCAUCCUCAUGGCCUGGUUCAGGAAUCUCAACAAACUUUCACCCUCUAAACCACCACUCAGAUCCACAAAUCCCCACCCAUUUCUUCCUUCCACCACCCCCUUCACCUUCCUCCUCUCUCAUUUUAGCUCCCAACCCAUUUCCGAUGCGUCGGCGUCAGCGGAGGCACUGUCUCGCCCUCCCGGUCUCGGUCCGACGGCCUCCGGCGAGAAACCGAGGGUGGUGGUUUUGGGUUCCGGUUGGGCUGGUUGUAGACUCAUGAAGGGGUUGGACACAAGCAUAUACGACGUCGCUUGCGUUUCUCCUCGUAACCAUAUGGUUUUCACUCCUCUUUUGGCUUCAACCUGCGUUGGAACUCUCGAAUUCAGAUCCGUCGCUGAACCCAUCGGCCGGAUUCAGCCUUCCAUUUCUCGCGAACCGGGUUCCUAUUUCUUCCUUGCAAAUUGUACGAGCGUUAACACUGAUGAACAUUCGGUACAAUGCGAGACGGUUACUGAUGGGUCGAACACUUUGGAACCGUGGAGGUUUAAAUUAUCAUAUGAUAAGUUGAUCAUAGCGUUGGGAUCUCAGCCAUUAACUUUUGGGAUUCAUGGGGUUAAAGAACAUGCUAUUUUUCUUCGUGAGGUCUAUCAUGCUCAAGAAAUUCGUAGGAAGUUGCUUUUGAACUUGAUGUUAUCUGAUGUUCCAGGUAUCUCAGUGGAAGAGAAACGUCGGCUUCUACACUGUGUUGUUGUUGGAGGGGGUCCAACUGGAGUUGAAUUCAGUGGGGAGCUUAGUGAUUUUAUCAUCAAGGAUGUUACUCAAAGAUAUUCUCAUGUGAAAGAUUAUAUCCAAGUUACUUUGAUUGAGGCAAAUGAGAUAUUGUCUUCCUUUGAUGAUCGCCUUCGGCACUAUGCCACUAAGCAAUUGACAAAGUCAGGAGUUCAACUUGUUCGUGGAAUUGUCAAAGAUGUUAAACCUCAGAGCAUCAUUCUCAAUGAUGGUUCUGAGGUUCCUUAUGGGUUGUUGGUUUGGUCUACUGGUGUUGGGCCUUCUCCAUUUGUAAAUUCCUUGGAAGUUCCAAAGUCUCCUGGUGGCAGGAUUGGUAUAGAUGAGUGGUUACGCGUCCCUGCUGUGGAAGAUGUGUUUGCAAUAGGUGAUUGCAGUGGAUUCCUAGAGAGUACAGGGAAACAAGUUCUUCCAGCUUUGGCUCAGGUAGCAGAGCGCCAAGGCAAAUAUUUAGCCGCCUUGCUGAAUAAAAUUGGUAAAGAAGGUGGAGGGCGAGCAGGUAGUGGAAAAAACUUGGAACUUGGAGAUCCUUUUGUCUACAAGCACCUUGGAAGUAUGGCAACUAUUGGAAGAUACAAGGCCCUUGUCGACCUUAGGCAGAGUAAAGAAGCAAAGGGGAUAUCCAUGGCAGGGUUCCUCAGUUGGUUCGUUUGGCGUUCGGCUUAUCUAACACGUGUCAUAAGCUGGAGGAACCGAUUUUACGUGGCGGUGAACUGGGCAACAACUUUCAUCUUUGGACGCGAUAUAAGCAGAAUAUAGAAUUGGAUGUAAGUACUCAACAUCUCGCUUCCUCGUACUACUGCCACAGAAGUGAGUUGUUCUUCAAGACAAACCUCUUGCUGAUUAAUCUCUGUGUGGAUCUGAAGUAAAACCAUCAGAUUCUUGUGGUUCAUAAGAAAAAUUGAUGGCUGCUGCAAUUUCUCAUCAGAAGCUCACUGUACAGUUUAUUUCCACCAACUUAUUGUGUUAAAUCCAAAGCAUUAUUGCAUGUUCAAAGUAAUCCCAAAUGAAGCCAAUCAUAAGAAUUGUAAGUUUUGUACAACUUCAUCACUGCUUUUCAAUAAAGUUAUUUCAUUGACGAUUAUUUCAAUCCAUAUGGCUGCCCGAAUUCUAACAACUUCUCUGUCUAGUUCACUGUUCUACUUCUCUUUGUUAGAGAGAAAAAAAGGGGAAAGAAAAAGAAUAGUGGAACUAAAGAGUCUUGGAAGUGAUUGUGAAGAAUCAUCUCUAAGGUUUGAUGGAAAAACUGAGUUCUACAACUAAUAGAGAAUUUGCCAUCCUACAGAAUCUGAAAAGGAAAAUUAGUUCCCUUGCACCGAGAAAAUGAAUUAUUCAUCUCUACCAGAGUCAUCAAUCUGGAAAGACAUACUGGAUUGACAGCCGUACUCUUCUUCAACCAGCAAGUUGACUACAAAUGAUUUCUUUCACCUCGCCCAGACAGGGAAACCUUCCCUCGUGCUAUUUACAGAACACCUGAACAAUAGAGAAAACAAAAGGAAAUGAAAUCUGAUUCUUAAGAAUCAUUUCUAAAAAUGUAGAUACAAGCAAGGACAACUUUCAGUACCAAAUUAUCAUUGAAGAAAAGUUGAAAGUCCUCAGUGCUCCGGAGGUAGUUUAUGGUUAUGCAGCCCAGAAGCCAAGGGAUUGCAACGAUAUAAAAUUGUUGUGCAGUCAAACUGUAGUACCAAGAAGGUAUUGGCCUUCCGAGCUCGAGUAAAAUAUGUUUACCAGCCAUCACACCAUCGUUAUGAUCAAAACAUGUGCUGUUAAUAUGAGUUUUGUAGCAAUUUAUUUUGGCCGAUUUGGAGGGUGAUGUGAAAGAGUAACGUUGAUUGCAGGAAACUUUUGUAUCACCAGAAACCUAAUUGAUGUGGCAAUACCUUAGUGCAAUGAGUUUCUGGAUUACAUGUUUUGAUUCAUUCCUUCUUUCCCCUGAAGGUGUGGAAGCCUUUGGGAUUUUGUCACUUUAUCCUAAUUGGGUGUCGUCUAUUCUUCUUCGUGAGAAAUUUGAUUGUAAUUUUACUUGUGGUUUAAUAAUGUUUAUUUUUCAAA